UAGUAAACCAAACACCACCUUAAAAAGGUUACUUUUAAUAUUAAAGAAAGAAUGAAACCCUAAAUCUCUUCUUCUCUCCCUUAGACUCACGCACCUCUCUCUCUUGCUUUCCCUAAAUCGUGACGACAUCAUCAGCCAUCUCUCCGGUGAACGACGUCCUUCUCCUCUCCUCGUCGUUCGUGGUGGCUGUUGGUGCAGCAGCAACAUUCGGCUUUAGUUCGCGACAAGGCAGAAAUCUAAAGUAAAAAAUGGGAGAAAGAAAGGUACUGAACAAGUACUACCCACCAGAUUUCGAUCCAUCAAAGCUCCCUCGGAUUCGGAGGCCUAAGAACCAGCAAAUUAAGGUUCGGAUGAUGCUUCCGAUGAGUAUCCGCUGCAACACGUGUGGUAAUUACAUCUACAAGGGUACAAAGUUCAAUUCCCGCAAGGAAGACGUCGUUGGCGAGACUUAUUUGGGUAUCCAAAUAUUUAGAUUUUAUUUCAAGUGCACUCGGUGCUCGGCUGAGCUUGCAAUGAAAACAGACCCACAAAAUUCAGAUUAUGUUGUGGAGUCUGGUGCCAUGAGAAAUUUUGAACCUUGGCGUGAUGAGGACGAGCAAGUAGAUAAGGAAAAACAAAAACGGGAAUUAGAAGAAGUGGGGGAUGCUAUGAAAUCUCUGGAGAACCGAACACUAGACUCCAAAAGAGAGAUGGAUAUCAUGGCUGCAUUGGAUGAGAUGAAGUCGAUGAAGUCCAGACACGCUACUGUCAGUGUAGAUGCAAUGCUCGAGGCCCUGCAACAUACCGCUGCUCAAAAGGAGAAGAAAUUGGAGGAGGAGGAUGAAGCACUAAUAAAGUCAGUUGUUUUCCAUAAUUCCAAAGAUUUCAUUCGGCGGAUUGAUGAUGAUGAUGUUGACGAUGACGAUGACAACAAUGGUAUCGGUCUAAUUCGUCCUCCAACUAGCAGUAUUGAGACUUUGAGUGCCAUUCUGGUUUCCAAUGGAGUUUCCAGAGGAAAGCGAAAAGAUCCCGAGGCUCCGAUUAGACUUGUUACCAAGUCUUCAACAAUUUUAAUAAAGAAGUCAAAACCGGAGGAGAAGAAACCCGACGGGUGCAGUGGCAGCGUACUGCAGUCUUUGUGUUCAAAUUAUGGGAGUGAUGACAGCGAUUAGAUGAGUUGGGUUCUUUGCAGCUGAAAUUCCCAACACUGUUAUUAGUCCUUGAUUAUUAUGUGUUAUAAAAUUUGUUAAAUAUUAAUUUGAUGUACAUAUACAACCCCUUUAAUGUCCUUGAUUAACUUCAUUUUUGUCUUUGUCCAAGUUUGAUUUCCAGCCCUUCCCAAAGGUUUCUAAUAAUAUUUACAUGUAUACUCGUUCAACUUAUUUACUUUCUUCCAAUAUAAACAGUACAUUAUGAACAAUAAAAUAUUUACUAGAAAA